ACAUGUUAUCAGACCGGAUGUUACAUUUGUUCCUCUAGUGAUUGUAAGCUUAUUUGCUAUUAAAUAUAGUUUGUGUACGUUAUCCGCAACCAGUAUUGUGGUUUAACAUCUCACAAUGUCUUUAAGUUACGUAAGCUACAAUGUAAAACAUUAGCAAGCGGUUCAUUCAGCUAAACAGUCAGACGAAUGAAAUCGCCCAAUUUAAACAGCUGAAAAUAACAUUUAGCGCUUGUGUUGAAUGCACAGACUGAGUGCACCAUGGGUGCUGAACAGAGUGGAGAUGCUGAACAUAAACAUUCAGACUUCAGCGCUUCAGUUGUACCUUCUCCAGCCAAGCAUAGAGCCAAAAUGGAUGACAUAGUAGUUGUUGCCCAAGGAACUCAGUCAUUACGGAAUAUCCAUAAUGAUCCAGAUGUAAUAAAGCUACAGGAAAUUCCCACCUUUCAGCCACUUCUGAAAGGUGUGCUCAGUGGGCAAACCUCCCCCAGCACUGUCUGUUUAGAAAAGCUGGAUUCGGCACAGGUGCUGCAGCUGUGUGUCCGAUAUCAGGAUCAUCUACACCAGUGUGCGGAAGCUGUUGCCUUUGACCAGAACGCUCUGGUCAAGAGGAUCAAAGAGAUGGAUCUGUCAGUGGAGGCGUUAUUCUGCAUCAUGCAGGAAAGGCAAAAGCGAUACGCCAAGUACGCCGAGCAGAUCCAGAAGGUCAAUGAAAUGUCAAUGAUUCUGAGACGCAUCCAGAUGGGCAUUGACCAGACGAUACCACUGAUGGAGCGUCUCAACAACCUUCUGCCCGAGAGCGAGCGCCUGGAGCCCUUCAGCAUGAAACCUGAUGGAGAAAUCAAAUAGAGUCUGGCAAAAUAGUGUUCAUAGUGGGUUCACUGAUGGACUUUUGCUUUAUAGAGACCUACCUCAGGUCAUGUCUGGAUGUUACCUAUGAAACUUCUCACUUUAGUGUAUUUUGAAAGGCUUAUUGCGUGCCUGGAUCAGGUGUUAUUUGGCAUAGAACAAGUUACAUGGUACAAAAUGGAAAAACUGUAAUACCAGAAUGGUAAAGGCAUGAGUGCUUUUAAAGGGCAUGACAACAUAUAAUUCUGCCUCUGUAAUUUAAAAUGUUAUUUAAUGAGAAGUCAUUAAUGCAUAUGAUGCUAUUAAAGUUGUUGGCAUUAAAUCGUUUAUACAUA